AUGGCCAGGCAAGCGUGGCAGGAGGGGGCGAACAGGCGUGGCCUGGGCGUCGCGGGUGGAGCAGUGGGGGGCGGCAACGGUGGAUGGCACGGCGGGGCAGUGGAAUCGCGGCGCAGAGGAGCAGCGGAGCCAGGCCGCGGCGGGAGCGCGACGGCGCGGGGCAAGGCGAGGCUGCAGGCGACGCGGGUUGCGGCAGCGCCGUGCGGGGCUGCGGGCGUGGCGAUGCAGGGGGCGCGGGUGCGCGUCUGGGCGCAGGGCGACGAGCGGGAGGCCUCGGGGGCGAGCCGGUGGAGCACCACGACCGCGGGAGUGACGCGGUGCAGGCGGCAGCAGGCCGAGCGAGGCGGCAGCGAAGGUGGCUGCAGAGGAGGUGGGCGCGCGCGGGAGGAGCUGCCCGGGGCCGCGGGUAGCAUGGACGAGCGCGACAGCGGGCUCGACGAGCGCCGGGCGGCAGCGGCUCGCACAACUACAGGCGAGCAUCGAUGA